GUGAGUUGAUAGUUGAAUUUUAAUUUUUUUUUGGAACUGUGAGUUCAUACUUGGAUUGCAACUGGUUUAUAAAAGAAUACUACACUUGCAACUUAGUAUUUUCCAUGUGGAAUCGUAACAUACGCAUGUACGUCAGCCAGUUUAGUGGUUAUAUAAAUAGCCAUCUGUGAGAGAGCUUUUCCUCGUAAAAACUAAGACAGUGUUUGGACUGGGAGAAAGUACUAGUACUAGAGAAAGAGGAAGAAGGCGGCGAUGGCUCCAGGGGUUUUUGCCGUCGAGGGGCUGAGCGGGAACUACGGCGGCCGGAUAACGGUGUCCGUGGUCAUGACGUGCAUAGUUGCUGCUUCAGGUGGCCUCAUUUUUGGCUACGAUAUUGGGAUUUCAGGAGGUGUAACAACAAUGGUACCAUUUCUUAAGAAGUUUUUCCCAUCAAUACUGAAGAAGGCGGCAGAGGCCAAAACAAACAUGUAUUGCAUAUAUAACAGCAAUACUUUGACAGCAUUCACAUCGUCCCUAUACAUAGCUGGUUUAGCCUCAUCCCUGGUGGCUAGCCGCCUCACGGCGGCCUUGGGCCGCAGAAACAUCAUGGUGCUGGGUGGUUGCUUAUUCUUCGCCGGUGGUGCCAUUAACGGUGGGGCUAAGGAUGUUGCCAUGCUCAUCGUGGGACGUAUCUUGCUUGGAUUUGGUGUUGGUUUCACUAACCAGGCAACUCCCGUUUAUCUCUCAGAGAUGGCACCCCCAAAAUGGCGCGGCGCAUUCAACACAGGCUUUCAAUUCUUCAUAGGCAUUGGUGUGGUCACAGCCAACUGCCUUAACUAUGGCGCGGCUAAGCUAACAUGGGGGUGGCGCCUCUCCCUCGGUCUCGCCGUGGUCCCCGCCGUCAUCAUGACAUUAGGAGCCCUCCUAAUCUCCGACACCCCCAGCAGCUUGGUGGAGCGUGGAAAAGUGGAACAAGCCAAACAGUCUCUAAUCAAAGUCCGAGGAAAGGGGACCGACAUUGAACCAGAGUUGAACGACCUCAUCAGGUCGAGCGAAAUAGCAAAAGCCGCUAACCAGGAGCCGUUUGUGACUAUAUUUGAGCGGCAGUAUCGGCCCCACCUCACGAUGGCUAUUGCAAUACCGUUCUUCCAACAGGUUACUGGGAUUAAUAUAAUUGCGUUUUACGCUCCUGUCCUGUUUCAGUCCGUGGGGUUUGGAAGUGAUUCGGCUUUAAUCGCGGCGAUCAUAUUGGGGUUGGUUAACCUGGCUUCGAUCCUUGUGUCUACUGUGGUGGUUGAUCGAUUCGGUCGAAGGUUUUUGUUCCUGGAAGGUGGAAUUCAAAUGUUCAUUUGUCAGGUGGCGGUGGCUUGCGUGCUAGCAGCGGUCACUGGUGUUUCUGGCACCAAGCACAUUUCCAAGGGAUAUGGUGUACUCGUGCUCGUCUUUAUGUGCCUCUACGCAGCUGGUUUUGGCUGGUCAUGGGGACCUCUAAGCUGGCUCAUUCCAAGUGAAAUAUUCCCAAUGAAAAUCCGAACCACAGGACAAAGCAUAAGUGUCGCAGUCAACUUCGCGGUUACCUUUGUUUUGUCCCAGACUUUCUUAACAAUGCUCUGCCACUUCAAGUUCGGUGCUUUUCUGUUCUAUGCCGGGUGGAUUUUUGUGAUGACCGUUUUUGUUCUGCUUUUUGUGCCGGAGACCAAAGGGAUUCCCCUAGAUUCUAUGUAUCAGGUGUGGGAGGGGCAUUGGUAUUGGCGCAGAUUCGUGAAGGCUCAAUCUUAGUAUUAUUCCUUAAGUCCUAGUAAUUAAAUUGUAUGGCAUUGGUAAAGGUUGUUUUUGUAUGGGUACGUUAAUUGUUCUGACUAUAUAGCUAGCUAGUGACUAGGAAAUCAAAGACAAUCGUGACUUUUGUAUGUUGCUUUAUUGUCGAAAUUAAUUCUUCAAUUUCCUCUCUUCA